UACAAAAUGUCUGGUAGUUCGCGAUACCAUACUGUUGGCAUCUAAAACUGUGCAAGGGACAAAAUGCUACUUAACCCUUACACCAGGAUUAAUAACUGUCUGCUUAAAAAGAAAAAUUCCACUUUUUGUUAAUUACGUAACGUGACCCAACCCGCCGAAGUUAUCGUCUGUUGGAUAUUUUAACUCCGUUUUAGUGUGUAAACACAGCUCUACUCCAAAGUACAUACAUCCACUCCGGAUUUUGCGUACUUCUGAAACGCAGCGCACGCGCUUGGUAAGGCCCUUAGAUAUGACAGCGACACAUGAUGUCACGGUACCCGGUAGUGUUCUUGGAAAAUGGCUGCAAGUGACCCACAGCCUAAGUUUGGGCAGUCUGUGAAAAGUUUAUUGUCAGAUAAAGUAAACUGCUGCAGUACUGAUGUGAUUGCAUUAACGAAGCAAGUGCUGAAGGGUUCACAUAGUUCGGAGCUCCUCGGUCAAGCAGCCAGGAACAUGGUAAUGCAAGAAGAUUCUAUCCUACAUUCUGAAGAUAGUUUGAGGAAAAUGUCUAUUAUAACAACACAUCUGCAGUACCAACAGGAAGCAAUUCAGAAAAACAUAGAAUAUUCAUCUGACCUCCAAGACCAGCUGAGACAUCUUUUGAAAUGAUUUCUUCAUCCUGAAGUUAAGGUGUAAAGCUGUGAUGCACAACUGGAAGCUCCGACAGAAGCAGGGAGAAAAGGGCAGCUGUUGCUUUGGUUUCUCCAUCUGAGAUUCUGCACAAUCUCAGAUGUGUCUUCCACAAUUUGUGUACCCGAGUUUUACAUGUACAAAAAAAGACAAAAUGGACAAAACCCCCAUGAGUUGUCCUAUACUGUGUGAAAAAGCAUAAAAUGUACACAAUGUAUUUUUUCGUAAAUGUUAUGCUACUAUGGUAUUAAGUGGGCCAUAGUUAAUAAGCUUAAGAACAUCUUUGAAACUGUCUUGAGUUAAUGUAAGCUAGGUAAGAUAUAAUCCAUUUGCUAGUUAUACAUUUUGCACGUGUUGCCUUUGUGUCAUUGUUAUUAAGGAGUAACAUCAUUGUGUCAGUGGAGUAAAGCUUGAGUAUUUUUAAUGAUUUUUAUAGUGUGAGGGAAGAAAUUAAUUUCUCAAAUGAAUAAGAUUUGUUUGACACUUGUUACAUUAAUAAACAUUAUAUUGUUAAAAGAA